AUGAAGACGAAACCCAAUUUGACUUUUUCUAAACUAGAUAAGGAAACGGGUGAUAAAAUAGACCGUAUGUUCGAUAAGGUGGAUUGUAUGGUGGAAAUUAAUCCCGGACGCGUUAUACUGCCGGCUGACUAUAUGACGAUAGGUCAAGAUAUACUGGACAUGGAGGUGUUGGAAGAUGAUGUUUGGAUGUGCUCAUAUCCUCGAACUGGUUCAACUUGGGCUCAAGAAAUGGUUUGGCUCAUUGGCCACGACUUAGAUUACGAAGGUGCAAAGUCGCUGCAACAGAUACGCUGCCCUCUAGUAGAGCUCUCGUGUAUAAUGGUGGACGGGCACGCAGAAUGGCAUGACGAGUCUGUGAAGGGAACUUCCGUGGACCUCGUCAAGUACCGCUUAGCCCAUCCCCGCUACAUCCGCAGCCACCUUCCCUGGGACCUGCUGCCUACCGAUAUAUUGAACGAAGAUGGAUCCGUUAAACCUAAGGUGAUAUACACAUCUCGUAACCCGAAGGACAUGGUAGUGUCCUACUAUCAUUACUGCUCAUUGGUGCACGGGCUCAAGGGCACGUUCGAGGACUUCUGUGACCUCUUCAUCAGGGACCGUGCGCCUUUUGGUCCCGUUUGGAAUCAUAUUCAUGGUUUCUGGAAAAGGCGCGACGAUCCUCAUGUUCUAUUCAUCAAGUUUGAAGAGAUGAAGCGGGAUUUGCCAAACGUCGUCAGGAAAACUGCCCAAUUCCUCGGCAAAAAUCUCAGUGAUGAGGAAAUUUUCAAACUUUGCGACCAUUUAUCUUUCCAAAACAUGAAGACAAAUCGCGCUGUGAAUUUGGAGGCCAUUUUGGAGAAGUCUUUUGGAAAAUCUUUCUUGGAACAGACUCCUUUGAGGUUUAUAAGAAAAGGAGAAAUAGGAGAUUGGAAGAAUUAUAUGUCGGAUGAUUUGUCCCGACGUUUUGACGAUUGGGCUGAGCAGAAUAUGAAAGGAACCGAACUAAGUUUUGAGUAAAUGUUGUUUUUUUCAUAUAAUUUUAAUAUUAAUGGAAAUUAUUUUUAUGGUAGCUUUAAUGAAAAGUUUUAAAUUAAUUCUCAAAUAACAAUUAAUAAAAUGUAUUGAGGUGAAUUUUUAUGUAAAAUAAUGGAGGUUUAGGUAUGGAUUGGUACCAUUUUACACAAUCUUUUAAAAUUAUGUUUUUGUUUAUUUUUCAUUGUUUAUUAAAUAGAUGCUAUAUAGAAUAGUACGACAUCUAAUGUGUUAUCAAGUGACAAAAAGUGGUGAAUCAGAGGAAAUAAAAUUUAGGAAAUGAG